CGUCUCCGUCACCCCCUUCCCCCAAUCUACAAACGUCCCUUGCGCGCCCCCGUGAAGUAGUUCAUUGUAUUGGACUGAGACGGGAGGGAGUAGCGGCUCCUGUUCAACGGCAGAGGAACUCCGCGCUGGAAAACCGACCGCUGGCCACAUAAACUGCAGGCAUGGCAGCCAUCCGCAAGAAGCUGGUAAUAGUUGGGGAUGGAGCAUGCGGGAAGACCUGUCUGCUGAUUGUCUUCAGCAAGGACCAGUUCCCCGAGGUUUACGUGCCCACUGUAUUUGAGAACUACGUAGCAGACAUAGAGGUUGAUGGAAAACAGGUGGAGUUGGCCCUCUGGGACACUGCAGGGCAGGAGGACUAUGACAGGCUCAGACCUCUGUCCUACCCAGACACUGACGUCAUCCUCAUGUGUUUCUCCAUAGAUAGCCCUGACAGCUUGGAGAACAUCCCAGAGAAAUGGACCCCGGAGGUAAAACACUUCUGUCCAAAUGUGCCAAUCAUCUUGGUGGGCAACAAGAAAGACCUCCGCAAUGAUGAGCACACCCGCAGAGAGCUGGCCAAGAUGAAACAGGAACCUGUGAAGCCAGAGGAGGGCAGGGACAUGGCCAAUCGGAUCGCCGCGUUUGGCUACAUGGAGUGCUCUGCCAAGACCAAAGAUGGCGUGCGGGAGGUGUUUGAGAUGGCCACCAGGGCGGCGCUGCAGGCCCGCCGUGGCAAAAAAAGCAGUAAAUGUGCACUGCUGUAAAAUGGCUGUCAUAAAUGGACUCUAUUUACCCCUGAGCUACGACACCAGGGGCUUGGGUAGGGUGGGGGGUGGUGGUGGGAUGCAUAGAUGGAAAUGGGAGGGCAGGGAAGAAGACGAGAAUGCAGUAAAUGACUAUACCGCUGUAAAAUGACUGUUUGAUGGACUCGACUUAUCUAGGGUGAGCCCUUGGACAAGGGGAAAGGAGGGGGGUGGAUGGGUUUGGUGGUUGAGGGAGAGCCCGUUAAAUGACUUGGUGCUGUAAACGUUUGGACUGUUUGCCCCUGGGUUUAUCUGUCAGGGUGGUAAACCAACAUCAGCCAAAUGGUGGUCAGUUUUGUGGUCGUUUGCCUGCCAUAUUGAUAUGUAACCAGCCAUCAUUUGGCAAGCCUAUUCCACCCUGAGUGAUGGGUAGAUGGUGGGAUGGAUGAAUUGAUAAUGGAUGAGGGCAGAGAAAAAAUGGUAAAUGGCUUCCACUGUAAAAGGCUACCAUUGGACAAACGACCCCAAUUGUACAAGGUUCGGUGGGGUGCAGUCAGUUAAUGUGCUGCUAUUAAUGGCCAUGAUAACUGUUUAAACAAAACCAAGGCAAAAAAAGAUGGGCCUAGUUUGGGUAGUGGUUUUGUGUAUUUGAAAUACAUGUGGAGUGCUUGAUCUAUCCCUGCAUGGCUGUUUGACGUAUCCCAAAAGCAGAGAAGUAACUCGCUGGUUGUGCUGCUUGAGCACUCAGUCUGCUUUUGAAAGAAUUGGGAAUCCAAUCACAAGUCACUCAUUCUGUGAGAGGCUCAUGUCUUGAGUGUUUUGUUUUGUUUUUUAAUAUAUAUAUAUAUAUAUAUAUAUCAACCCAUCCAAAAAUACUUGACAAUAAAUGCCCUUAUAUUGGCAGGAGUUUCAAUUUACCAUCUGAUUGAAAAUGAAUCAUCCUCAGUGCAGUUUUCAGUUCAGUAUUACUCUACUUGUAGCCAGCAUCUGCUAUGUGCACUGCUGGGGCCAGUGGGCUGAGAACGUGGAGGGGUGAAUGGAAAGAUGAAUUCCGGAAACAAGUAAUGAACAGACCCCAUCUCCCCAACAGAACCAGAGGAUUUUGAAUUGGACCCCCGACCUUUCACCAUCACCCAGACCUAAAGCCGCUGACUUAAUAAUGACUUUAGACAUUAUAGUUUUGAGUGAAAGCCACGUUGGCCCCAAAUUUCGUUUCAGUGCCAUGUAAAUGGUGUGUCUGCUAGCUAGCACUCAAAACAUUUGGCAUGUCACCAUGGUGAUGUGGAUGGCAAUGUUAAGGAUUUUAAAGUCCAUACUUGUAAAUUCUAGAGAAGGGGCUAUACUAUGGCACCCACAGGACCAGGCUCAUGAAUGAACAGUAGCCACUUUUCCAUGUACCGGCUUUCUACUGACUGUGGCAGAUUUGUUCUACUAGCCAUUUUGGGUGGUAAAAUACCCUAGUCUGAAGGUUCUUAUAUAAUUUUGAACAUUUUGUCUGAGUUUGCAAAGCUGGCCAUUUACACAAUGGCGAGUGAACAGAAAGAGGAAGUCCUCUGCUUCGCAUAGUCCAACCUGGCCAGACUGUGAAACGGCUUGGCUCCCAUCCCUUCCCCUUCCAUGUCGCUGACUGCUGGUUCCCAUCUGUCCCUGGAUAUAGAGAGACUAGGAGGAGAAAUGGAUGGAACCAUAUUGUCUUCACAUGCACACUAAUGGUCCCAUUAUUUAUGAGAAGUGAGUAGUUGUUUUUGUGUUUGCAUGUGUAAAUGUCAAAUGUACAAAAACCAGGGGAGUUCAAUAUCCCAAUUCGGAAAAUACCAAGUUUAGACAUUUGGGAUUUACAAUUAUUAGUAUUUAUACUUUUUUUUUUUAAUCCCAUUUACCAUUGGUGCUUGCCAUUCAUUUUCAGAAAACUAUUUGUUGAGUAAAAUGUUAAAGUGGCUUGGAAAAUUUGGGAUAUACCAGCCACAUAAAAUGCGUCUAGAGGCCUGCUUUUAAAAAUUGUGUAUGAAUUGAUGGUUAACUGUUCCUCCUCUUGGUCUUCAGGGAGUAGACUGCUCCAGUACCCUAGUCUUGUGUUGUUGUUUUACACUUUUUUUCCCUCUUUAAACAAAGUCAUAAAUAUGUUGUCUAUCAGUAUUUAAAAUGGGAGACUGGCGACUACUUAUUUGAUUUAUUUUUUUUCUAAUGAUUUACAAUUGGUUGUCACCACCUGUCAAUCAUUGCUGUUAUUAGGCAUUCAGGAGCAAGGCUGGCCUCUCGGUUGCCUGUCUAGAACUUUGCUUGGACCACGUUUGCUAGCUAUGAUUUUUUUUUCUUUUGUUUAUUUUUUAACACAAACUAGACUGAAAAGACAAAAGAGAAAACUUGUCAAGUUUUAUUCUCCUUGUUAUGUACAAAUUAUUAUUUCCAGUUUUUAUUGUAUUUUAAAAUUAAUUUUGGUUGCUGAAAACCUUGAGGUAAAUGUGUUUGUAAACAAAGGAACAGGAAAACCAAGCUGUAUGCAAACGUCUGUAAAUAUGAAUUGUGGGUUUGUUCAUAUAGACUCUAGACAUGCACAGGACUGGAAACUGUAUUUGUAAACUAGCUUUGGUUUUGUGUAAUAAAUUACUUUCUAUACCA